AUGGCUACGGACAAGAUUACUUUCCUGACCAACUGGCACGCUACCCCGUACCACGCCCCCCUCUACCUCGCUCAGGCCCGUGGUUACUUCAAGGAUGAAGGACUUAAGGUUGCCCUGCUGGAGCCCAAUGAUCCCUCCGAUGUGACCGAGAUCAUCGGUAGCGGUAAAGUCGACAUGGGCUUCAAGGCCAUGAUCCAUACCCUGGCGGCCAAAGCUCGCAACUUCCCGGUGACAUCCAUCGGCUCUCUCCUCGACGAGCCCUUCACCGGCGUUGUGUACCUGAAGUCCAGCGGAAUAACCGAAGACUUCCGCUCCCUAAAGGGCAAACGCAUCGGCUACGUCGGUGAAUUUGGCAAAAUUCAAAUCGACGAACUCACAAAGUACUACGGCAUGACAACCGACGACUACACCGCCGUCCGCUGCGGCAUGAACGUAACCAAAGCCAUUAUCCGCGGCGACAUCGACGCAGGCAUUGGACUCGAGAACGUGCAAAUGGUCGAGCUAGCCGAAUGGCUAGCCGAGCAAAACCGUCCCCGCUCCGACGUCCAGAUGCUACGUAUCGACCAGCUCGCCGAGCUGGGCUGCUGCUGCUUCUGCUCAAUCCUGUACAUUGCCAAUGAUAAGUUCCUGGCUGAGAACCAGGAGCGCGUUGGCAAGUUCAUGCGCGCUGUGAAGCGUGCUACGGAUGAUGUCUUGGCUGAUCCUAAGGGUACUUAUGAGGAGUACGUGGAUGUUAAACCGAUUAUGGCUACUCCUGUCAACCGCAAGAUCUUUGAGCGUUCUUACGCGUACUUCAGUCGCGAUCUGAAGAAUGUUGCUCGGGACUGGGAGAAGGUCACUCGUUAUGGAAAGCGCCUUGGUAUUUUGGAUGAGAACUUCCAGUCUAACUAUACCAACCAGUACCUUUCAUGGACGCUGGAUGCUGAUUCUACUGAUCCUACUGGGGACCAGAAGCGAAUGGCCAAGCUUCAGGAAGAGGUUGCCGCUAAUGGUGGCUUCCAGCGUCUUGGUGUUGCUGCCUCGGCCUAG